UAUUCUAUCUUUAAUCAUCAACUCCAACACUACUACUCGACGUAUUUGAACAAUGAAGGAUAACGCAGGGCGCCGAAUGGGCACAACACGUGCGCCAGCACACUCUGCGAACAUCAGCGGAUCUAAUUUUGGGAACAAUAUCCGAAUACAACAAUCAUUCCUAAACAUCUUCCAUAGGAACCGGAGAAGGUCAAUGGUCUCCCCCGAAAGCACCGCGUCCCCUAUAAUACAAGCUCAAUUAAAAGAGAAAGAGAGGACGGACUGUCGGCGUUCUCUCAGCUUCCACGAUCGUGACGCCCGCCUGGAGAAUAUCUCCCCGGUACAGCAAGAUACCUGCGAGUGGAUAUUUCAAAUGCCGGUGUUUCAGAAUUGGUAUGAGCAUACCGAACGCGAUAAUGGAUUACUUUGGAUUAAAGGGAACCCUGGUACUGGGAAAUCGACAUUGAUGAAACAUAUUUUGAAAUACUGCCAGGCUGAAGCAGAUUAUGCUAUCGCGGCAUACUUCUUUAACGCUCGAGGAGCCCAACUUGAGCAGACACCUCUGGGUAUGCUGCGCUCCUUACUAUUCCAGCUACUCGAGCAUGAACCCCGUCUAUAUGAUCAACUUCUUCCAAUACAUCGCAAAAAACAACAAGAUUACGACUCAGAUGAUUGGGAGUGGCGUGAGCCAGAGCUCAAAAGCUUCUUCCUGUCAGAGAUACCAAAAUGCCAGUCAAGACCGCUCCUUUUGAUCAUAGACGCAUUGGAUGAGUGCAGCGAACUCGAUGUGCAAAAGGUGGCCGAAUUUCUUGAAGAUCUGAGCAAGAAUGCAGUAAAUUCUGGAAUUACGCUCAACGUAUGUUUAUCAAGCCGCCACUUCCCAUCCAUCCGGUUUAAAAAAUAUCAACAACUGGUGUUGGAAAAGGAGAAGCAACACGACGAAGACAUUAUCAAGUAUAUCUCUUCCAACUUGAAUAAAAAGGAUGAAGAUAUUGAAGAAGCGAUCAGAAAAAAGUCGUCUGGUAUUUUCAUGUGGGUUGUGCUCGUCAUCAGGUUACUGAAUAGGGCACAUGAAAAUGGCAGAGUCGAGGCUAUGAAAAACGUGUUAGAUGAAAUGCCCAACGAAUUGGAGGAAAUGUUUGCGAUGCUACUUGAUAGGGACAAUUCUGACAAGGAUGAGACUAUCUUGAUCUUGCAGUGCGUCUUGUUCGCAAAACGACCAUUAACGCCAGAGGAAAUAUACUUUGCUAUUAUCGCCGGCACAAAUAGCCAUGUAUUAGGCAUGUGGGAUCCAUUGAAGAUAACACCUGAUAUUAUUCAACGACGCAUCAUCAGUUCAUCUAGAGGGCUUGUUGAAAUAUGCAAAGGCGAAAUUGAAACCAGCGGAGGCGGCGAUACAA